AGUAAGGUUUCAAGCCAGCUGGAGCAUAUAAAGAUAGGUGCCAAGCCGGAGGCAGAGAGACAACAGUGAAUGGUAAGGGGGCAACUAGAUCCCUGCUGCCCCACCCUGGGAUGGAGCCCUAAGGAGCCUUAAGGAGGCCCGGUGCUUCCCCUGCCCUGGCUGGACCCACAGCCUCCUCCCUGCACUAAACCUCAGGAUUGCAAAGCAGCCUCUCUCCUUGGACCUCUCUCCUUUCUUCUCUCUCCUGGGCCCUGGAGGGACCAGGCAGAACCUUCUGGGACCAUGGCUGGACUAAAGCCUUCAGAGGUACCUCCUACCACAGCUGUGAAAUUCCUAGGGGCAGGCACAGCAGCCUGUUUUGCUGAUCUCCUCACCUUUCCACUGGACACAGCCAAGGUUCGCCUGCAGAUCCAGGGGGAGAAGCAGGCGACCCAGGCAGCCCAGAGACCCCAGUACCGCGGCGUGCUGGGCACCAUCCUGACCAUGGUGCGCACCGAGGGCCCCCGCAGCCUCUACAGUGGGCUGGUUGCCGGUCUGCAGCGCCAGAUGAGCUUCGCCUCCAUCCGCAUCGGCCUCUACGACUCUGCCAAGCAGCUCUACACCCCCAAGGGAUGCGAUUACUCGAGCAUCACUACCCGGAUUUUGGCAGGCUGUACCACCGGGGCCAUGGCAGUAUGCUGUGCCCAGCCCACAGAUGUGGUGAAGGUCAGGUUUCAGGCCGGCAUACACCUUGGGGCUGCGAGCAACAGGAAAUACAGUGGGACAAUGGACGCCUACAGGACCAUCGCCAGGGAGGAAGGGUUCAGGGGCCUAUGGAAAGGAACUUUCCCCAACAUCACAAGGAACUCCAUCGUCAACUGUGCUGAGAUGGUGACCUAUGACAUCAUCAAGGAGAAGCUGCUAGACUAUCGCCUGCUCACGGACAAUUUCCCCUGCCACUUCAUCUCUGCCUUUGGAGCCGGCUUCUGUGCCACAGUGGUGGCCUCCCCAGUGGACGUGGUGAAGACCCGGUACAUGAACUCGCCACCAGGCCGAUACCGCAGCCCCCUGGACUGUAUGCUGAAGAUGGUGGCCCGCGAGGGCCCCAUGGCCUUCUAUAAGGGAUUUACACCAUCAUUUUUGCGUUUGGGAACCUGGAAUGUGGUAAUGUUCGUGACCUAUGAGCAGCUGAAACGAGCCUUGAUGAAAGUCCAGAUGCUACGGGAAUCUUCAUUCUGAAUAAAGCAGGGCCACUUAGUACUUAAUUGGAACAAGAACCAGUGGGUCCCACACAAACCCACACAUGUUUACACAACUGUUUACUUCCUGCUGAGUCAAGAAACAGAAGCAGAGAAAGGAUUCUGGUCUUCAGUGCUUUGUCUUAAGAACACAUUUGUUUUGUAUGGACAAGAUGGAAAUUAAAUUAUAUUAAUUUGAGGGACCCAUGAUGUUGGAUGCCUAACAUUUAGGCAAGAGAAAAUAAACCAAAACAUCCAUUUGGAUAAAACAAACGUCUGAAAACCUAUGUUCUGUAAAAAAAAAAAAAAUAAAAAAUAAAAAAAAAUCUAAUGAGAUGAUGAAUUGUAAACAGGAAAGACUGCAAGCGUGAGACAGCAGUGGUACAUGACACCUGGAAACCAGCUAAGGAGUGUGGAGGGACGCUGCCAAAACAACAUAGCUGUGACUGCAGCCUUUGGUUAACUAUGGAUCAUCAGUCAUCUGUGUAAUGUGCCUGCCACUUAGAAGCCACUGGGAUUCUAGAAAAUAGGAGACCAAAAAAAAAAAAAAAAAGAGAGAGAGAGAGAACGAGAAAACCGGGAACCUGUGCCAAAAGAACACUGCUGGGCCAGCAUGAGGCUGAGAUUCGUAACUGUUCCCUGAUGACACUGCAGAAUCAAGAGGGCAGACCUCAUCUUCUUUCCUGUAAAAUGGGAGUAAUAAAUCCCUCCCUCCUCUCUCACCCGGGAUGUUAUGAGGAUCAGGUGACAGGGUGGACAUGAAAGCACUUUAUAAAAGCGGAAGCUCUGAUAUUUACAAGUUCUUGGGAAAAAUAUUCUCAGGACAGUAAAGAACUGCCAGGGAAGUUUGAAAGGUUGAAAAGUUGUCUAGAGGUUAGACCAAAGGAGCCAGGGGCUGGGGGGCCAGGGGUGACAGAAUGUUGUGCAGUCAUGGAAGGCCCACUCCCACGCAGCCCUGGCUUCCCAGCAGGACUGUAAGACCCCUGAACGGUACCAGGCUUGGGGAAAAAGAGGUAGAUGCCAGGCUGACAGCCUAAAGUAGCAGGGCUCAGAGUUCUUUUUUUUUUUUUUUUUUUAAGAUUAUUUAUUUAUUUAUUUAUUUGACAGAGAGAGAGAUCACAAGUAGGCAGAGAGGCGGGCAGAGUGAGAGGGGAGAAGCAGGCUCACCGCCGAGCAGAGAGCCCGAUACGGGGCUCGAUCCCAGGACCCUGGGAUCAUGACCCGAGCUGAAGGCAGAGGCCACUGAGCCACCCAGGUGCCCCAAGGGCUCAGAGUUCUUUGGAAAAUUAUUAUAAUUCAGUAAAGGGUGUGGGAACGAGAACAGCUAUGUCUUUUUUGCCUUCUCUUUCUUGGACAGAAUGUCCCUUUAUCACCAGGUUUCCUGUUUGCCAGCACUGGGCCUUUGUGACAUUAAUAACAGUACUGGGUUCAAAUGUCCCCUCCCCUCAUCUUACCAGAAACCUAACCACCAGGAAUCCUAAUACCUCACUGUCCUAGCAGAGAAGUAGAAAUAACAAUCCCCCACCUUUGUAGAAGUGCUCAGCAACAUCAUCUCUCCCUCCCCACUCUGACACAGCUGCAUCCCAGGAGGGGAAAAGUAAAUGUCCACUCACCCUUAGCACUCUCCUAAAUUUAAAUUAUAAUUUGAGAUUAUCAACAUAUAUAAACUGGAAAGUUCAAAUAAAAGCAAAAAAAAAAAAAGAAAGAAAGAAAGAUUAUUUCU